GCUGUUUGUAAACAUCAACAUGGCGACUCUUGGUGUGUCGGAUCAGUUCGACAAAUAUUUUGGAACUUGGAGGAUCGUUGAAUGUGUUUCAUUGGCAGGAACAGUGGAUACAACAGGCAUUGAAGGAUCAGAAUUCCACUUGGAUGACAGUGGAGAUGUGUCAUGGAAACUUGUAGAUGAAACAGAUUCUGCACCAUUUUUUAGUUCUGAUUCUUACGAGUUCACAGCUGGAAGACAUGGAUCUGCGUUACUUAAGUUUUUUGGAACUUUUAGAGAACAUGUCAUUGAAUUUAAAGCUGAGAUAUCAGAUGAUUUGAUGUUAUUGACAUGUGAAAGAUGUUGUAUGCUACAAUGUCAGAAGAUAUGUGAAGAAGACCCAGAAGUACUGGAACAGUAUACAUAUACUGAAGCAUUAGAACAGGGCUAUUUCCAUGAUAUAGCAAUAAAAGCUGAUUCUGGGAAAAUAUUCAAAGUUCACUCAGUAGUUUUGAGCAUGACUGCUCCUGGCCUAGCAUGGACAAGUUCACCACCACCACUGAGUGGGUUAAGAGAAGAUAUUUUAGAGACAGUUUUACAUUAUCUGUAUACAGAAUGUCUUCCUAAAGGAUUAUCAGAAGAAACUGCUAGAGAUUGUAUUAAAGUGGUGGGCAAAUUACCAGGACUGGAAAAUUUUACACAGAUCUGUCAAAAUUUCUUGAAGAAUACUGCUCUUAAACAACAAAUCGUCAGUCUGAUAGGGGACAUGCAUGCAUGUGCUGACAGAAUUAUAGAUUUAUUUAAAUGUCGACAACGAGGAAACACAAUGGUACCUGAUGAUGUUCUGUCCCAUAAUCCUGCUAAGUUGUGCUAUGUAAUGAAACAAGCAUUGAGAGAGGGGGCAAUAGCUUUUUCAAAGUACAUGAUUUUGUGUGAUUUGUUCGCUAGAAGGAGUGGUGAGCUACCCAGAGAAGAAAGACAUGAUAUUAUUAAAUACACUAAAACCAGAUUCCAUAUUUUUAUAAAGCAACUUCAUGAAUUUUUUGAUGCCUUUAAGACACAGCUAUCUUACAAAGAACCAGAACAAGAUGACGAAAUAGCCACAUAUUUUUUACCAGAGUUAGAGGUGUCCUUGUCAACGUUAACCAAGUUUGUGGAAGAUUUCAAAUCAGCUCUAGACACUGCAAUAUCUAAAAACAUCUCAGAUAAAGAAAAAGCAGAGAAGACAGAGAAACAUAAAAAAGAUGUAAAAGAUGUCUUAGGAAAAACAUUAAAACAUGCUUUACAUAUACGAGAGUUAAAGAAAUUAAAAUAUAUCCACGACACAGCUUCUGGGAAGUUUGAAUUCUUUCUUGAUAAGGCAGGUCGUUUCAAUAGAAAGUCAGUCCAUGAAAGGAAAAGUUUAAUCUCAUCAUUCUUACAGACACUCAAAGACAGAGAGGCUCCAUUGAUAAUACAGCGAGUGGAACAGUUUGCCUUUAUGAUUGAGGAAAAAUGGAAAUGGAAAGAAUGGAAAUAUUUAUUUAAACUAACAUCAUCUAAGAUGGCCUGGACAGUGAGUAAACUAUGCAGUUAUAGACACACUUUACAACCAGCAAUCAAUGAAUUAGUGGAGAUAGUAAACAAAGAAGAGUUUACUAACUCAUUAUCCAUGCUAGGACUAACAUCAGAAACCAAAACAGAUAGCUCAACCAAAGAGGAAAACAAAAAAUCUACCAAAUAUGCCAAAUUAAGUUCUGUAGAAUCUUUAUGCAUAUCACCUAAUGCUAGAGAGAGUUUAACUGCCAAGAGGGCCUUAGAUUUGUUUAAAAGAAAAGAGAAAACAGACAUGGUAUUUGAAAUCAUUAUUAUACAUGAUACUGGUGACACUGUGAUAGACCAUACACAUGGAGAUCCUGUAGAGAAAACAGAAUCUGACAGGGAUACAGAUCACUAUGAAAUUCCUGCUCAUUGUGUCAUAUUAGCAACAAGAUGCCGGUGGUUCCAAAGGGCAUUACUCAGUGGUAUGAGAGAAUCUAUAGACAAGAAAAUAACCAUCCAUGACACCAACCCAGAAGUGUUCAACCUGUUCCUAGAGUAUGUAUAUGGAGGAAAUCUAGAUACCUCACACAGUACACCAGAGCAGCUUACUGAACUUCUUACAUUAGCUGAUAGAUAUGAGGUGGACACAUUAAAGAGUGUAUGUGAGCAUGCUUUGGGGAAACAUGUCAACAAUGAGACAGCAUUGUAUCUGUUCAGUAUGGCUGAUCAACUCCAAGCAAAGGCAUUGAAGGAACAGACAGUGUCGUAUAUACAGAAACAUCCUGUUUUGAUGGAAGGUGAACUAUAUAUAGAAUUACCUCAGAAUCUGAAGAACGAAAUACAAGCAUUGACAAAUGGAGAGGAUUCCAGUGAUCCUGAAACUCCAAAUGUUGGUGACAUUGAAGAAAUGAUUCAUAAGGUGGAUUUAGCUGCUGGGACACUGUCAGGAUCGACCAGUUCAUCUUCAACCACAUCCUCUGUGUCAGAUUUGAGGAUAGAAGAUCCAGCCAGAUUAGAAUCAUGUAUUCACCAGAUGAAGGAAGUCGUAGGUGAUGAUGUCAGUGAUGAAGACCUUAUGUUGCAUAUCAUAUCAGCCGAUUACGAUGUCAGUCGAGCCAUAAACUUUUAUUUCAGUUCCUUGUGAUAAUGUUUGAAAUUAAAUCAGCUGAUUACACUGUUAGUUAAGACAUUUAUUUAAAUUAUUUUGUUGAUUUUCUUGUGAUUUUAUUAUCUGAAUAAGUAGAUUAGCUGUUUCUAUACCACAGUUCAUACAAAUGAAAUCCUGUUCACAUGAUGGUAGCAGGUAGAUAUUGUCAAAGGGGUCUAGAUAAUAUUUUAAGAAUACCGUAAUGUAGAAACAGUUUUCACAUAUCUAAAUGAAAGCUGAUGUGAUUUGAAAAAAAAAAACAAUUUUGAUUGAUUUUAAAUGGGUAGGAUAUUUCAAAAGAGAUUUUUACAUUAUUACCUACUACAUUGUACUGCUAAAUAAGUGUUUCUCUUCUAUCAAAGUUUAAGGAAUUUUUUGUGUAAAAUUUAUGUUUAAGCAUUUAAUAAAGUACAAAAAACAUGUUCUAUUUAAAGGUUGGAGCAUACAUACCUGAAUCUCAGUGUUUAUUGGUUUAUUUUUUUGGCAUAAGUAUUCUGUGGUUUGGAAACAGUAUAAAUUCACCUUCACUGGUUCUGUUAUUUGAUUUGUUAGUUUGUUGUAUGGAAUCUGACUGUUUGAUUUAUUUAGAUGCACUGUUUUAGGUAAAUGGUUAUGACAAUGGUUUUUUUUUUUAUUAUCACAAAGUUGUAAAAUGAAUCACACUCAUCAAAAUAUAUAUGUUUAACUUAAUCAUGGGCUAAGUUUUUAUAAUGAAAAAUAUGUGUUUAUAAAAAGUCUGACUAGCUUCUCUCGAACUUAUGUUCCAGUAAAUUCUCUUUGUAAAUGUUGUGUUUUUUUUUACAUGAAUUGAUAAAUAAUGCCUGUUUUUGAAGAUAUGAAUUUGACAGUGGCAACUUUUCAAAUACAGUACUAUUAUUUUUUUUCCAAUGCAGUACUUUUAAAAUAAAACAUUUGAAAUAUUCCUGAAAUGUCUAUUGCUCAAUUAAUCAAUAGUGAAGUGUUAAACAUCAUUUUGAUUAAAAGUUUCUUAUUAAUUGUCAGAUAAGUGCUUACGGACAUAAAACAUUUGAGUACGAUUAUUGUACUCGGACUCAUAUAUAAACCAAUCAAUUUAAGUUUAAUGUUUUUUAUAGAAUAAAAAUGCAUGUUGCAAAAUUUAGUUUACACUUCCAUAUUUGAGUAAUUGUCUUUAAAUCUGUAGACACCAUAGUUAUAGUCUUUUUUUCUAGUUUGGACAAUUUUUGUGCAUUAUUUCUUUUUAAAAAAGUAUUUGAUUUUGUUUUUUAGAAUUCAAAGUCACCUGUUAAGAAUAAUAUUUACACUCAUUUUGAUUAAGAGUAUUUAUGUGUUAUCUGAUUUUAAUUUAGUUGUUUAUUAUAUUAAAUAAACUUCUGAACUUUCCUUAAAGAUGGACAUAAAUCACAAUUUAGAGAUAGUAAAUUUAUAUGUAGUAACAUCUGUGUAUAUUCAUUAUACCAUGGACUCAGGGUAAAUAAUAUAGUAUAAAUGUUUUUUCAGUAUUGAUAAUGUAAAGAAGAUACUAAAGAGAGGAGGGCAUACAAAAAAUCAAACAAAAGCAGACAACACAGUGGCUAAUGGAAAAAAUCAAAGAACCACUAAAUGCUAUAAAUUCAAAAACUAGUGCAUGCAUUUAUUAUUGCGAAUCCUUGACCACUGGCAAAAAUCACUACUCAAUAUGUGAAUGCAAGUUUUUAUUAUUGCAAACCUGAUACUGUCACAGUUAUGCAUUAAUGAAAACAUCACAAUAAUUACUGAAUUAACACUACUACACAAAACUGAUGAUAAAAACAAAACCUGGACCUGUGGUGCUACAGAAGGGCAGAAAGUUCAUGCCCCAUUAGUGACACCUAUGAUAAAUCUUUCAUGCAAAUUUGGUGGAGAGGUCUUAAAAUAGGUAUGGUCUCUUGCCCAAUCCAAUUCAAUUUAUUUUAAUACAAUAUUGUUUAAACUAAACAUCAGCUUGGUAAGGGUGAAGGUUUUGAUAUUAGGGAAGACAUUGAAAAUAUGAUUGAUAGAAGCCAUUUUUUGAAAUCAUAACAAUUUUGACAGAUAAACAUAGUGUAAAUAAGUAGACAAACAAGCAUCUCAUAUUUUUGGGCUAUUUCUAUGUAGUUUCUGUUUCAUGCAAUCAGAAUCAAACUUCUUACUUAUAUUUCUGACUUUUUAAUUCUUUUCAUGAUACAAUACAUAAUUCCAUAUUGGAAUCAAAUCCUGUGCACAGGUUAUUAAACAUACAAAUUGUGUAUAUAAAAAAUUGAAGAAAAAGCCUUGUACAAAUAUUUAUAAACCAUUUUAGAGUAAUGAUUAAUUUGAGUUUAUUUAUUAUUUUCUCAGACUGUGAUCAAAAUACAUGUUUUUAUUGUUUGUUUUGUUUUUGUUGCUAGGACAGCAUUGUAAAUAGUCUUGUUUUUAAUAUUAUAAGUAGAAAGGAUGUAAUGUAUUAAACAAAUUAGAAACAUUAUGUACUGUGAAAAUAGAUGUAUGUAUGUUAUCUUAAUCCACUGUCUUAUAGGCACAGAUUUAUUUGUAAUUCCAAAUUGGUUGUGAAUGAAUAAGUUUACAUUGAUCAGGAAUUUUUCUUUGACAUAGUUUAUUGGUAAGUGUCAAUUCUAUUGGUCAAGGAGAAAAUCGUUAAAAUAAUUUUUAUGAAUUCAUAUUUUUUAAGAUAUACAUCAAUGAAACAGCAAAAUAAUGAAGUAUUCACCAUAGUAACAGGACAAAAACCUGUAAAAGUCAUCUAAAGGUUAUUGCACAGUCUUCAUAUUAGACACGUCCCUAUACCGAGUGUCAAGAAGCCAUUAAUCAACCAGUCUAGACAAAUUUGAAAGUUUUUUUUCUCCAAAAAUAUACCAAAAUAUCUGAAAUCAACAACAAAUAAUUUAUGGCACGGAAACACUUAUAUAUGAAUAGAAAACCAUUAACAAAGUUCCUGACUUGGGACAGGUACAUAAACAUGGGACAGGGUUGAACUUAUAUUCAGCAUUUUAUGUAUUAUGUUCAUGGAAAAUUUGCCUUUUGCUUGGUAACAUAAUGAUUCAUGAAGAAUCUAAAAUUCUUGAUUGUCAAUGAUAUUAAAUUAGCCACCAUGUUAUAGAUUGAUUCUGUCGUUCACCAACAUUUUGGUUGCCAUAACAAACUUUGCAUGCUCCAGUAAUUUUUGUUAAACUUUAUGUUUAUAAAAUAAAGGUUAGUUUCCCAGAGAUCCAUAGUGAUUAAACAGUGGUAUUUUACCUAAAUACACAUUUAUUAAUGGAAAAACACAGUUUAUCAACAUAUGGAUAAUCCUGAUCUCUCUCUCUCGUAAGAAAGGAACUAAAUUUUAGAAAUCUAGAGUUGUAAGUUAUCAAUAUUAUUUUCAUGCUACCCAGACAGGUAAAUAGUACAAUUCUUUCACUAAUUGGGCCUGGACUUAAUACUCAGGUGUACCUUUUAGAACAGGGAAUACAGUACAUUCCUGCUAUAAAGCAAACCAGUUCUAUGAUGUUUGAGUCAGUUUACCCCUACUUUGUUACAGUUUUAUGUCUGUGCCUCAAAAAUUCAGUAUGAUACUGUAAUCCAACUAAUUUUGGCGUGCGAUUAAUUUUUGCAAUUUUAGCGAAAAGAAAAAUAACGCGAAUACAAAUCGCCGUGAAUAUAUAAAACUUGGAUCUCUCCUAUUUAACUACAUCAAAUAUAUUUGAAAAUUGUGAAAUUAAAUCGCCGUGAAGUGGACUAGAAAGGGCUAAACGCGAAAUAGAGUAUCCGCGAAAAUAAGUUGGUUUACAGUUUGUCAACAUUAUGUGAGGCUGUUAUUUCACACUUGGAUAAUUGUUAACUAAGUUGUAUAGUAAGAUGGUGAUGUUAAUGUUACUGUAUCUUUGAAACAGAGAGUGGCAAAAUCUGAUACUUUUGUCAAUCAUUUUCAUUUAUUUUUUUUACAUGGCUAAACAUUAACUAAUUCUACUUUUUUUAAAACAAGAUUGGUUGAUAUUCAGAAAAUAUUAUUAAGUGUUUGCUAUUAAAAUUACAAAAUAUAUCCUACAAUUGUAAUCAUAUAACUUACAAUCACAGCUACUAGUAUACUGAAUCUGUUGUAUAAAAACUUACUACUUAAGAACAAUUCAUACCAAAGGUAGAUAGACAUUUUAAUCUCCACAGAUUUUUCUUUAUGGUCAAUAUGUUGUUUAUUUUGUUAUCUUUUUUUGUAGUCAUAUAUAUUUGUUUGUUAACAUGAAACCUUAUUUAUUAUGGAGUACUUUUUAAAAGCACAUUUUCCAUGUAUACUUUUUGAACACUUUAUGUAAAUGAUAAUGUUUAUAAAACAAGAAUUUGCUGUAAAAUAAUCUCUUUUUAUUUAUUUUUUUUCUUUGUUGUUUAAUAAAUUGUUUACCUAAAAAUAGCAUUUUCUGAUAUAUUUUCUAUACAAAAGAAUCAGUAAUUUUACUGGACCACUUGAUCCCUGCAACUUAAUUCUGAUUGGUAAAUGGUAUUUGGUAGUGGCAUAACAAACCAGCUACAGAUUGAGUUCUGAGUCGAUGGCUAUUUUGUUCCGCCAUCAGAGCUAAUGUAAUUUCCUCAAUACAACAGUUUAAUCUUAGGGUCAAACAAAAUAAAUUUUAAUAUUUUAAUAUUUUUUCCAGUCAAUGACGGUAUAUACUGUUGUCUUUAGAUAAAAUAGCUUUGGAACAACAGAUUUGUCUAUAAUACAAACAAAAAACUUUUACAGCAGUUUCUUUUGGGAUAUUCAUGGCAAGAAUUAAGAUUGGAAACCAAUAUUUUUUACAAUGAAUUGUAUUACAGUGGUUCUUGUUUUGUUUUGAAAUCAUCAAUAUUUAAAAUUUUCUGGGUUAAUUUCAGUCUUCAGAUUUCUAUUUUUAUAGAGGUUACCUUAAAAAACGAAAUAAAAUGUAUAUUUAUGGAUGUGGUAAGUUAAAUUUAUAUUUUAGCUUGAAAAAGUGGGUAGCAGAGAUAUAAUAUUCAGUCAUAAUAUCAGCAUGCAUAAAUUAAAAAAGGAGAUAAUCAUAAGAAUUAAUGUAUCAUUUUAUUUUUGAUUAACCUUCAGCUAUUCUCUGUUAUUAUAUAUUUAAUUUUCUUAUUUAUUAAGGAUGUUGGCUCCUCUUAUUUUUGAAUUUUUGCUAGAUAUUUGGAAUCCUCUGGUUUUAUCCAUGUAGUGCCAUUAAAAAAUUUUGCCCUCUAACCCCUACUUUUUUUUUCAUAAUUUUAUUCCAUAUAGUUUAAAGUCAUAUUUGAAAAUAUUAUAAAAUCUUUGUUAUGUUUUCUUAGUUUUUGAAAGUAAAAUGGUGCCAAUGGUAAAUGUAUGAAAAAUCUAGAGAGAAUCAUUUCCCGCCAAUUUUUCAGUGGCGUAUAUCUCGAAAAACAAGAAAAUGGACACUUCAUUUUAUUCUGAUUUUUUAGUUCCUUUAUUUAUAUACUAUCAAUUGAUAACAGUCUUUUAAAAAGCUUGUUAUUUUGAAACAGAGGAGAGAACAUCCUUAACAGAUGGAAUUAUUUUGUAAAAAUGAUCAAAUGUAUUUAUUUACUGCAGAGAGCAGUUUUUGCAUUUUUAUUAACAUAUUUUUAUGACAAUAAUUUUUUUCUGAAAACGAUAACAGGAAAAAUACAAAUGUUUUUAUACAACCGCAAACAAAUUUUGGGGUCGUAUAAUGCUAUCAUGUCGUCGUAUAAUGCUAUCAUGUCGUCGUCUCUGCAUCGUCGUCGUCGUCUGAAGACAUUUGGUUUCCGGACAAUAACUUUAGUUUAAGUGUAUGGAUCUCUAUGAAAUUUAAUCAAAAGGUUUAAUACCACAAAAGGAAGGUUGGGAUAGUUUUUGGGGGUGAUGGUCCCAACCGUUUAGGAAUUAGGGGCCCAAAAGUGGCCCAAAACAAGCAUUUUUCUAGUUUCAGGACAAUUACUUGUGUAUAAGUAAUGUGAUUGCUCUGAAAUUGUACCACAAGUUUCAGUACCACAGGUAGAAGGUUGGGAUUCAUUUUGGGGGUAGUUGCCCAAACAGUUCAGGAAUAAGGGGCCAAAAAGGGUCUAAAACAAGCAUUUUUUUUAAUUUUCAGGCAAUGACUUGUGUUUAAAUGUAUUGAUUUUUCUUAAAUUGUACCACAUUUUACAAAUAGAAAAUUUCUUCAAAUGUUAUUUUUUUUGAAAAAAUGGGGGGGGUGUAAAAAAAAAUUGGGUGGGGGGCAAAAAAAAUUUUGGGGGGUCCAAAGAAAAAUUAGGGAUCAAUUUAUUUUGCUAAUUCUCUGUAUAUAGUCUGAAAACAGAUUUACUAAGUAUUGCACAACAGCACAGUGUAUUGCACAAAAGCAAGAAAUCUUCAAUUGAAUAUAAAUCCAAAUCAUAUAACCAAUUUCAAGUUCUAUGACUACAUUUAUUCUGUGUCAGAAACCUAUAAUGUGUCAAAUAUUUAAUUACAAUCCAAAUUCACACCUGUAUCAAGCUUGAAUAUUGUGUCCAUUUUUGCCCCAACUGUUCAGGGUUGGACCUCUGCGGUCGUAUCCAGCUGCGCUAGGCAAAGCAGUUUAUUAAUUAUUUUAUGAUACUAUAAAUAUAUGUACAUUUUUAAUUGAUUGUGAGGAUAGAUUCACUUAAAAGUUAAAAAGAACAGAUAAGGUAUUUAUAAGGAUAAUCCAAUAAAAUAUCUGAGUUUUUAUCAUUUCUUUUUUAUUACAAUAUAAUGCCACAAUUUUUUAAACCAGUGGUGUUGUAUUUCCUUUUUUUAUUUCAGAAUAUAGCUUUAAAGCAAAUGUAGCAAAUUGUUCUGCUUUAAUUGUCAUUCCUUUUUUUUAUAUUUAAAAAAAUAUUAGUGCCAAGAGGGCAAUUACUGGGUAUCACCAUCAUGCUCCUUAUGUCUGAACUUAUAUCAUUUAAAAUAUAAAUUUUGAUAAGAAUUUAGUUACUAGAUAAAAAAAAACAAAUAUGAAGAAUAAAAUCAAAUGCAAUCAUUCCAAGUAGGUUGGGUAGAAUUGGUUCUUUGCUUGUGUAUUUUUUAUUGAAACUAAACCGUAACAUGAUCUUAUCAUUAAUUUUACAUAACUUUGAUAUAUCAUAUACAUAUUAUGAAAUCAGAUGUGGAUCCAGGAUUUUGAAAAAGAGACAAAGUUUGGAGUGGAACAAAUAAAAAGUAUGAAUUAACCAUAAAUGUAGCUCCACAAGGGCCCCUCCCCUUCUAAAUUGGCCUAUGGAAAUUUGUUUAAAUCAAGAAAAGGUUAUUUUUAGUCUUAAUUACUUAUUGAAGUGCUGCCUAAUUAUCAUGAAAAUUAUAUUUAUGGUGGAAAAUUAUCCCAAAUUUCAUCCUUUGAAAUUUGAUAUUUGUUACAUUAACGCAUUGUUAUAUGUCCAACUAAUGUUAAAUACAGAUAUUGUAUUAAUUUUUUAGAACAUGUAGAAAAUAGAAUCCUUAACAGCAACAGUAGUUAUUUGUAUUUAAAAGCAGUAUUGGUUAAAAAGCACUGUAUUUUAUUUUUAAGCUGACUAGCUUAUCACCACCUAGACAUGUAACAUUAAAAACAAGAAAUUUUAAAAGUUCUAAAAAUUCCAAGUUUUUGAACCUUUAAAAUAUAAAGCUUUGAUAUAACUUUAUAUAGGCAAUGUAGUCUUGAAAUUACAGAAUUUUCUAAGAAAUCAAACAUGAUUGUGAAAUUACUAUAUGAAUGUUUAAGCUGUUUCAUAUUAGCAAUUCAAUAAAAUAUUUUUAUUCUUGGAA